CUCGUGCACGCUCUCGCGAGAUCUUCUUCCCGGAAGCGACGGUGUCGGUGCCGCGUGUGAAGAGCUUGUGAGAGACUGGGGGCUCAGCACCGACCAUGGAGUACCUGCAGGGCCCCGCCUCGAGUAGUGCCGGCUGCGUCCUGUGCUGCGAGUGUGGUGUCCCCAUCCCCCCUAAUCCGGCCAACAUGUGUGUGGCCUGUUUGAGGACGCAAGUGGACAUCAGCGAAGGGAUCCCCAAACAAGUCUCCGUUAACUUCUGCAAACAGUGUGAAAGGUAUCUUCAGCCACCAGGAACAUGGAUACAGUGUGCCUUAGAGUCGAGGGAACUUCUUACUUUGUGUUUGAAAAAAAUCAAGGCCUGUUUAAGUAAGGUACGACUGAUCGAAGCUGGCUUUAUUUGGACUGAACCUCAUUCCAAACGGCUUAAAGUCAAGCUGACUGUCCAGAAAGAGGUGAUGAACGGUGCCAUCCUUCAGCAAGUAUUUGUGGUGGAGUACGUGAUUCAGUCACAGAUGUGUGAUGCUUGCCACAGGGUGGAAGCCAAGGAUUUCUGGAAGGCUGUGGUUCAAGUCAGGCAAAAGACCUCACAUAAAAAAACUUUCUACUAUCUGGAGCAGCUGAUCUUGAAACAUAGAGCACAUCAGAAUACCCUUCGAAUUAAGGAGAUUCAUGAUGGCUUGGAUUUCUAUUACGCUCAGAAACAGCAUGCCCAGAAGAUGGUAGACUUCCUCCAGUGUACCGUCCCUUCCAGAUCCAAAUCUUCACAGAGACUCAUCUCUCAUGACAUUCAUAGCAAUACAUACAAUUACAAAAGCACUUUUUCUGUGGAAAUUGUUCCCAUAUGCAAGGACAAUGUUGUGUGUCUGUCUCCAAAACUGGCACAAAGCCUUGGGAACAUGAGCCAGAUUUGUGUUUGUAUCCGAGUUACCAGUGCCAUCCACCUCAUUGAUCCAAACACAUUGCAGAUUGCUGAGAUCGAUGGGAAUACCUAUUGGCGCUACCCGUUCAGUAGCUUGUGCCACCCCAAGCAGCUGGAGGAGUUUAUCGUCAUGGAAUGCAGCAUCGUUCACAAUCAAAAAGCCGUGCCAGGGGCUGGUGUGAGAUCAAAUAAACACAUGCUCGGGGAUGUCUGGGUGCAGAAGACUUCGGAGAUGCAUACGGACAAUCAGUAUUUCUGCCGGACUCAUUUAGGACAUCUUCUGACCCCUGGAGACCUGGUGCUGGGGUUUGACUUGGCUAACUGCAACCUGAAUGAUGAGUAUGCCAACAAAAUGAACAGCCAUCAUGUUCCCGAUGUGGUAUUAAUCAAAAAGAGUUACGACCGUGCCAAACGUCAGCGUCGCAGGAACUGGAAGCUCAAGGAGCUGCAUAGGGACAAAGAAACCAUGGAUACAGACGAUGAAAGGCAAUACCAGGACUUUCUGGAAGACCUGGAAGAAGAUGAAGCAAUCAGAAAGAACGUCAACAUUUAUAAAGCCUCAACGAUCCCUGUGGAGAGUGAUACGGAUGAUGAAGGAGCCCCUCGAAUUAGCCUGGCAGAGAUGCUCGAGGACCUUCACAUCUCUGAAGAUGCCACUGGGGGAGAAGGGGCGUCGAUGAUGACCUGA